AUGGUGGUGGCCGCGGACAUGGAAGCAGCUGGCCUCACAGAAUGCCGCUGCCUGCGUCGGGCCGUUCAGGCGCUGCUGGGCGUCGCCGUCGUAGCACUGGCCAUGGUCAACGGCGGCCUGCUCACCUCCUACUUCAGCGGUAACAGCGGCGACGGCUUUGGACUGCGAUACGCAAGGUGGGGCCUAUGGCAGCAGGCAGGCACCACACCAUCUCCGCUGGACACUGAUCUUCAGGAUGGCGCGCAGCGGCGACUCGAAUCCGAAGACGAGCGAGUGGAAAUGGGCGACGGUGGUCCGCAGCUAAGUGCCCGGAGCGGCGACGCAGAAGCCAUGGAAGAAAGUGAUAAGAAAGUGGCUGGGAUCCCGAAAGGCGACAACGAUAAAAGGACCGAAAGACCAACCAACUCGUCGGCUCCCCGACUGCUGAGACAUCCGACAAAACGAAUUGCCAGGCAUUAUCCUCCUCAGCCCGAACGAGACGCCCGCCGGCUUCGGUUCAAAGACAGCGACACAGCCUGUUCACAACCGGAGUGUCUUUGGUACCUGCACCACACCAACAACAAACUAGACCGUAGUGUGAACCCGUGCGACGACUUUUACGGUCACGUGUGCGGUCCGCGGUGGUUCUCGCCGAACGCCAAGCCUACUUUCGAAGCUGAGAGCGUGGAGAAGCUUAUGAGCUGUCUCGACGUCAACAUACGCGUAGAGAAGCACAGUCCCCUGCACUGGGUUCGCAACGUAGCGUUCAUCUACCAGUCGUGCCUUACGUCCAACGGCUCUCGCGAAAUCAGAGAGCAGCUUUUCGCGAGACAGCAUAAAAGGCCUCCAGCAUCAUCUCGGUCCUUCCCUGACGUUCCAGCCGUGGUGUUUCGCAUCGGACUACAGGGGCUGGUACCACAGCUGCAGAGCGAUUACAUGGAUCAGCUGGGAGUUAAUCCUCUUGCAAGCGUAUACGUAGCUCCUGCAGGACAGCAGGGAGCAGGCGGCGAGAACCAGUACGUGCCUUAUGUCGACUCACCUGAACUACUUAUGAAAAGGUUCUUUCUCCGCUACCCGGAUCGUACUGAAAGCGAUUAUAAGCGCCUUAUAGAGAAAUCGCUGUUCGACGUCGAAAAUGCGUCGCAGGUUGCCAGUAAGAUUGUUUACAUGGAGAAGCGCCUGAUGAACAUCGUCUCCAAUUACGGUGCCAAGAUCAAAGCAAGCACAGCUGUUACGGAUCGAAUGACGACAUUCGGAAACUCCACUGUGAGAUGGCUGUCGCACCUUUUUCCAAAGUCCUUUGGUGGCCGGUUAAACGUUCGCAUACUGGAUGAAGAUUACGUACGUCACGUAACCGAGCUGCUGAAGCACGUCUUUACUCCCGAUGACGUCGCCGAUUACUUCUAUUUCCGCACACUCGUUGAAUACUCUUCGUUCCUCAACAUCACUCCACUAAUACCGCUGAGCUACGACACUCAUCUGAACUCCGUGCCUCUUCGCAUUCAAGGUUGUCUACACAUGGUUGAGAACAUCUAUAAACACGGCAUGCGCAUGCUUGGUAUCGAGGCCCUAGGUGGAAACCUGGGUGUGUGGAGGAUACCCUUCCAGCGCGAAGUUGAAGCUCUAUUCGAAGACCUUCGUCACUCAUUGCAGAGGUUCGUACGAUUUUGGUUCAGUGGCAAUACGGUAAACACUGCGCUCCGCAAGCUACGUUCCAUGAAGCUCGCCUAUUUAGGCGCGAAUGCCGCUUACCCUACGUCGUACGCCACGUCGACUCCCGACGUAAGAAGCUUGAAAGACUUCGGCGCUUUGAUCAAAGAUUCUGUCAGAAGGGCCUUCAACGACACGAACAACUACGAUUACCUGCACAGAACUUCGGUGUUUUCUACGUCGGUGGAGUACAACGCUGACACUAAUUCCUUGUACGUGCCCCAUGCUCUGGUGACCAUGCCCGUCCUAUUCUCUGAGACAUUGCAUCCAAUCUUCGUUCCUAUACUAGGAGCUAGGAUGUUGCUGGGCAUUAUGAAAGCCAUCGACGUCCGUAGUUCUGACGAGUCCAGAGAUGGUAGCGCCUACCGCGGCUGGUGGAACGAAGAGGAUUGGACAAAGUACCGAAACAGGUCGGCAUGCUUUCUGGAGCAGCUGGAUGACGAUGUACGUAGAGUGUCUCCGCGGACCAGCUUCCGCGCGUUUCUGGAUGAGUUCGUCGCGGAGAGCGCCACAAUUGAGCCUCUGCUGGACGUUUACGACCGCCGCGUUGCCGACCGUGCGGACAAGUUCCGCUUCAGUCCCAAGAUAUUCUAUUAUGCCUACGCUAUGGGCCACUGCGAAAAACCGGGUACCGAUACAGUACAAAUACGGUACAAGCAUGCCAUUCCAGCAAGAGUGCGAGUGAACAACGCUCUCGCUAACGAUGCGCACUUUCAGAAGGUUUUCCGGUGUCGACGUAAUUCGAGAAUGGCGCCCAGGCGGCGCUGUAGUUACUGGAACAAGUAA